GUUCCCUUCUGCUUAGCCGUAUCUUCUGGCUCAGUAUCUCCCACCUUCCACAAAAAGAGAUUCCACAAAAAGAGAUGUCUGGAAACGGGUUUCCAUCGUAUAAGAUAAUACUAGGAUCAUCCUCAAAGGCUCGGCGAGAAAUUUUAACUGAGAUGGGGUAUGAAUAUACAAUCUUGACUGCAGACAUUGAUGAGAAAAAUAUACGGAUGGAAAAGCCAGAGAAGUUGGUAGUGGCUCUAGCGGAGGCAAAGGCGGUCACAAUCAUGUCAAGGCUUCAGCUUUCUGAUUUCCUUGAGAAGGAUGCUGAACCAACACUUCUGAUCACUGCAGAUACAGUGGUGGUCUAUGAGGGGGCAAUCAGAGAAAAGCCAACGGACAAGGAGGAAGCGCGCCAGUUUCUCAAAGACUAUUCUGGUGGACUUGCAACAGUCGUCGGUUCUGUACUGGUUACCAACCUUAAGACGGGAAUCAGUAAAGGAGGCUAUGACAGGGUUGAGGUUUAUUUUCAUGAUAUACCUGAUGAGGUCAUUGAUAACUUGAUUGAAGAAGGAAUUGUACUUCAUGUUGCUGGAGGCCUAAUGCUCGAGCAUCCACUGAUAUGGCCCUUUGUUGAAACAGUGAUGGGAACCACAGAUAGCGUGAUGGGUCUAUCCAAAGCUCUCGUAAAACAACUCAUAUUCCAAAGCCUCAUCCCUUCUGUACCCGCAGAUUGACUUUGGUGAUUCUCUCUCUCUAUAUAUAUAUGGUUCUUAUUGUUCAUUUCUUCAGCUUUAGUUCAUGACAAACAGGGGUGGUGAUGGUGGCAACAAUUAAAGAUGUCUCCAAUCAGGAUGAAGAUGAUGGGGAUAGAGUCUGUCACAGUACCCUUUUGACUUAUUUAGGAUAGGCUGGAGGAAACUGCUGCUGUUGUUAUUGUUGCUGUACGUUUAUAUAAUCAUUAUUUAAAGGGGGUUAGUCAAUUGGGAUUUGGGAUUAGUAGAGACAUUCAUAAACUUUUUAAGCAAGGGGUUUUGGGUGACUCUCCAUAAGUGUAGAGAUUUUGAGACUCUCUGAAUGAUUUUCAAGGAAUUAUGGUAAUUCAUUGAGACAAUAUAUAUGAAUUCCAGCUUA